AUGCAAUUCUUGUCAUGUAAUGCAAGUCAUCUUUUGCAGAUCUUACUCGUCCUCGCUCUCAUGGUGUUCGCCUCAGCCGACCAGAGGCCAUUCUACUCCUACGACGUUCCUCAGUCUAUGGAGGAAGACUCAAGCGAGGAGUUUGCUCCUCCGAAGUACGAGUUCCAGUAUGGCGUGAAGGACGGAUACUCGGGCGUGGACUUUGCCCACGGAGAGUCCCGUGACGAGGAUGAGACUCGAGGCUCUUACACGGUGCAGCUUCCCGACGGCCGCCUGCAGAAGGUGACGUACUACGUGGACAGCGACGACAGAUACGUAGCCGACUUCAUCAUCGCGGGCGAGGCUCAGUUCCCGGAGUCCGAGGAGUCCCGAGAGGCUCCUGCGUACGGGUACCCACAAUGA